AUGAAGGUCACCUCAGCCAUCACAGCGCUCACAGCAGCCUCCCUCUCCCAAGCAUUCACCCUCCCUUCCACCCUGCGAUCCGCUGUCAACCAAGUCGCCUCAGGACAAAACCCUUUGGUACAAGCUGAGCGCUUCCUGAUCGAGCUCGAACCCGGCAGCACACAAUGGGUGACGGAAGAAGACAAAUGGGAGCUCCGAAGCCAAGGCAAGAACUUUUUCGACAUUACUGGGACGCCUGAAUUAGGUCAGACCCUGGCUGCGAGCGACAAGGCGACAGUCAAGUAUCCAUCUAAGACGGCUUACAAUGAUACCAUCAGCCCGCUGCUCAAGAACCUGGAUAAGAAGUUGAUGAAGAAGCACCUGGAGAAGUUCACGAGCUUCCAUACCCGAUACUACCGCUCCGAUUACGGCAAGCAGUCCUCGCAGUGGUUGUUCGACCAGGUCAAUGAGACAUUGACGGAAGCGGGCGCUGGUGUGGUACAGUUCUUUGAGCAUCCAUGGGGCCAGAACUCGAUUAUUGCUACUCUUCCCGGUAAAAGCGAGAAGACGAUUGUGAUUGGCGCGCAUCAGGACAGCAUCAACCUCUUCUUGCCGUCCAUCUUGGCUGCGCCAGGAGCAGACGAUGACGGCUCAGGCACGGUGACUAUCCUCGAAGCCCUCCGCGUCUUACUCCAGGACAAGGAUAUUCUGCACGGCAAGGCCGAGAACACCGUCGAGUUCCACUGGUACUCAGCCGAAGAAGGCGGCCUCCUCGGCUCCCAAGCCAUCUUCUCCUCCUACGAGAAAACCGGCCGGGACAUCAAAGCCAUGCUCCAACAAGACAUGACCGGUUACACCCACGCCACGCUCGCGGCCGGCGAACCCGAAUCCGUCGGCGUCAUCACCGACUUCGUCGACCCGGGCCUCACGAUCUUCAUCAAAGAAGUCGUGUCCACAUAUUGUUCCAUCCCAUACAUCGAGACGAAAUGCGGCUACGCUUGCUCCGAUCAUGCGAGCGCGAGUAAGGCGGGGUAUCCCAGUGCGUUUGUCAUUGAGAGUGAUUUCAAGUAUUCGGAUAAGAAGAUUCAUACGACGGAGGAUAAGGUGGAGUUUUUGGAUUUCGGGCAUAUGUUGCAGCAUGCGCGGUUGACUUUGGGGUUGGCGUAUGAGUUGGCUUUUGCUAAGUUUGAUUAG